GUUAUUCUGCAGGGAGCUGCUGAAUAUCAAAGUUGUUCAUUGCAGUCGAUUCUUUUGCAUCAAACUUAUUUCUGAAUACAAAUCCAAAGAUACUGGCUUUGCUAAACGAUGUCAUAGAUGAAGUAAUGAAAUGAGACAUGUUCACCAGUUUGUUUGAGACUGCAGUGAUUUAUUUUGACAAUGGAAAACAAAGAUGAUGAAGUGAAAAAAGCACAAGUUGUGGAAGCCAGGGCAAGAAAUAUCAGCCACAACGUGCGAUGUACAGAAUGUGGGAGUCAGUCCAUUGAAGAUUCACAAGCAGAUAUCGCAAUCCUCCUCAGGAAGUUAAUUCGUGAUGAGAUUCGAGCUGGAAAGAGUGACAAGGAGAUUUACAGAAAGCUUGAAGAGGAUUAUGGCGAGACGGUACUUUAUGCCCCAAAGUUUGAUCUGCAGACUGCAGCUUUGUGGCUAUCACCGCUUCUUGUUGCAGGAGCUGCUGCAGGGGUGUGGGCUUACAAGAAACACAGACAAAAGGCUAAUGUGCACAUCAUGGCUUUGGACCUUGUUAGAAGUGUUCCAUUGACCCCCAAGGAGAAGGAAACUAUGCUAGACUUGCUCACACCUCCUCCCCCACAAGGUGUCACUCCUUCCUCCUUGUGGAGCCGGUUGCGAGGUAGAUGAUGUUUCUCAAUUUUUCCAUCUCUUUCUUACUAGACCUCGAAGUUUCUUUUAAUGAUGAAUAAUGUACAUGGUGAUGAGUCUCGGGUUUGAUUAUGAAAAUUAUAUUUGCAUCUGUUCUA